UACUGAACCGAAGCGAGACAAAACUAUGACGAUUCCGAGGACAGCUUGUCGCCGGCGGCGGCCGAAGUUAAAUGACAAAUCAAAAACUGCCGAACAGAAGAAGAAAGAAAGACAGAAAAGCAGAUCAUACACGUGAAGAAGCAGAGCUCCAAGCUGCGUGUCGAUGGUUUAUACAUUGUACGUAUCAUUUCCUCAAAUGGAUAUUAUCUGUAUCGCUUUCAGUUUCUUGGUUUAUUAGGAGAACAAGUUUCCAGAAUCAGAAGAAGCAGGUUACAGUAACUGGAGCCUAAAGUUUUCUGAAAGUGGUAAGAAUUUAAUUAUGAUGGAUUUCCAUGGAUAGUCAAGUAGUUUCUGACGCCGAGCAACAAUGGAGAAGAAGUAAGGCCCACGUCAGGAUCUCGAAAUUAAGACAUAUAGGCAUGCAAUUUGUCCUAUUGACACCCAACCCCAAAAAGGUUCAAAACCCUACCUAAUACAGCGGAAAGAAAGAAGGAAGUUUUCAAAUCCGCCGCCGUUCAAGAAAAUGAAAGAAGAAAACAAUUAAUUAAAGUCGACGCCGGUCCGGAUUCGUGCUUACUUCUAGCGUAAGAGGCUGAAACAAAUGGAUUGAAGAAUUGGGGAUUUGGGAGCUUGGAAUCGAAAACUUUUAACGAGAAGGCGAUGCUGAGCCUGAAAGGUGGGACUCGGCCGCCGUGGGUGGGUCUGGGCGCCGCCGUGUGGGUGCAGAUUGCAGCGGGGAAUUCAUACAACUUCCCUCUCUAUUCGCACUCCCUGAAAUCCGUUCUGGGUUUCAAUCAGAGGCAGCUUACUCUGCUGGGCGUGGCGAAUGAUGUUGGUGAAAAUGUUGGCAUUCUUCCUGGGCUGGUCUGCAACAAGUUCCCUCCAUGGGUAGUCCUCCUGAUCGGAGCUUUCGCUUGUUUCUUUGGCUAUGGAGUUCUCUGGCUCGCUCUUAGCCAAACUGUUGCUUCCAUGCCUUACUGGAUGUUAUGGUUAGCUUUAUGUAUUGCAACAAACAGCAGUGCUUGGUUCAGCACGGCGGUGCUGGUCACGAAUAUGAGAAACUUCCCGCUGAGCCGGGGGACGGUCGCCGGAAUUCUUAAAGGCUACGGUGGGCUCAGCGCUGCAGUGUUCACUGAACUUUACAGUGUACUGCUCAACAACUCUUCUACAAAGCUAUUGAUGUUCCUAGCGCUUGGAGUUCCUAUGCUUUGUCUUAUGAUGAUGUUUUUCGUUAAGCCGUGCACGCCGGCGGCCGGCGAUGAUAAUCCUUCCGAGCACUCGCAUUUUGUUUUCAUUCAAGUUGCUAGUGUUCUACUCGGCGUAUAUGUUCUUACAACCACGAUACUCGACGAGAUGCUACCAAUAAGUGCUCCGGUAGGAUGCGCUUUACUUCUCGUCAUGGUGCUGCUUCUGAUGGCUCCGCUCGCUGUCCCUGUCAAGAUGACGUUCUGCGCGUCUGAUCGAAUGCGGUCUUCUUCUUUGCAAGAGUCCGACAAAGCUGAGGCCCUUCUGGAAGCUUCUUCGUCGGCAGCCAGUCUUCACGGCUGUAAUGAGAGUGAUGGCCUGUCUGAAAUAGACAUGCUUCUUGCCGAGGGUGAAGGGGCUGUUAAGAAAAGGAGGAAACCUCGAAGAGGGGAGGAUUUCACGUUUUCUGAAGCUUUGAUCAAAGCUGAUUUUUGGCUCUUGUUUUUGGUAUACUUCGUCGGCGUUGGUUCCGGCGUCACCGUUCUAAACAACCUGGCGCAGAUCGGAAUCGCUCAGUAUGUGCACAACACGAAGCUCCUCUUGUCCCUCUUCAGCUUCUGCAAUUUCGCCGGUCGACUUGGCGGUGGCAUUGUCUCCGAAUAUCUCGUCAGGUCGAAAGCAAUUCCUCGAACCAUCUGGAUGACGAUCACACAGAUGAUAAUGGUGAUCGCGUAUCUACUCUUCGCUUCGUCUCUCAACGGCACUCUUUUCGCUGCAACUUCGUUGCUCGGCAUCUGCUACGGCUUCCAAUUCUCAAUCAUGAUCCCCACAGCUUCGGAGCUCUUCGGCCUUAAGAACUUCGGUUUGAUAUCAAGCUUCAUAGCGCUGGGGAAUCCGGUCGGGGCGUGCCUGUUCUCAAGUCUUCUGGCUGGAUUCGUGUACGACAAUGAGGCGGCGAGGCAGCACUCGGCGACCUGCUUGGGUCCGAACUGUUUCCGGCUAACUUUCCUCGUUCUGGCCGGAGUAUGCACCGUCGGAGCUGUGCUUAGCAUCGUGCUGACUCUGCGGAUCAUCCCGGUGUACAAAAUGCUUUACGCCGGCGGAUCGUUCAGGACACCGCAGCCGAGUUCGGAGCAUUGAGAGCAAUGCAAUGUAAAACGUUUUAAGAUUGUCCGUACGCGGGGCGGGCUUCCCAUCGGACAUUACAUUGGUAGAGGCAUUGUAGUAGAACUAACUCGAACACUCUUCUACGUAUAUGGACACCUUUGUAGUAUUAUUAUAAGCUUGGUAGUGAAAUUAUGGCCUUUUUUUAAUAUUAAAU